AUGGAGCUAAUAUGGAUUCUGCUUUUAAUAAAUGGAAUGCCUGUGACUUUGACUCAAUUCAAUGGUUACAACUGUGAUCCUGCUUUCCACAGUAGAUUUCCAGCCGAGCGGGACAUCAGUGUGUACUGUGGCGUCCAAACCAUCACACUGAAGAUCAAUUUCUGUCCGGUGCUCUACUCAGGCUACACCAAUGCAGAUCUAGCUCUGAACGGGCACCACAGUGAUGCCCAAUGCCGUGGCUUCAUCAACAACAACACAUUUCCCACUGCAGUUCUGUUCAGUGUCAGUCUCAGCACACUGGAAGCUUGUGGCAACAUGCUGGUGGUUUCUACGACUCAGGGUUACAAUGCUUAUGGGAACAUGUCCCAGAUACAAAUAGGAAACAUUUCAGGAUACAUCGACACCCCUGAUCCUCCGACCAUCAUUAGCUAUUUGCCUGGUCUGCUGUAUAAAUUCAGCUGUAGUUAUCCUCUGGAGUACCUGGUCAACAACUCACAGUUGGCAUCAUCAUCUGCUGCUAUAUCAGUAAAAGACAACAACGGCACCUUUGUCAGCACUUUAAGUUUAAUUCUAUACAACGACUCAUACUUCAAUCAGCAGCUGUCUGUUCCCAUGAAUGGUCUAGCUCUAAAAACGAGAGUGUUUGCUGCCGUCAAGGCCACUAACCUAGACAGAAGGUGGAACAUCCUGAUGGAUUACUGUUACACUACGCCCUCUGGGAAUCCCAAUGAUGAGAUACGCUACGACCUUUUCUUCGGGUGCCACAAAGACCCUCAGACCACUGUUUUUGAGAACGGGAAGAGUCAGAUAGGCCGCUUUGCCUUUGAAGUCUUUCGGUUUGUGAAACACAAAAACCAGAAGAUGUCCACUGUGUUCCUGCACUGUGUCACAAAGCUGUGUCGGGUAGACGACUGUGCAAUGCUGAUGCCGAUCUGUGGGAUGAGAAGGAAAAGAGAGGACGGUACAGCUGCUCAUGUUUCCACUGGAGAUGCUGUUAUAACUGCAGGCCCUAUAAUAACCAGGGGUGAUGAAACUCCAACCAACAACUCACAACUUGUGAGUGACCCGUCUCUGCCGCUGGACUCGAUGACCUCUGCUCUGGUAGCCGGGGUGGGUGUUUUGGGCUUAAUGAGUCUGGGCUUGUUUAUCCUGUCCAUCAGACUUCUGCGAAGGUCCAGUCCCUCAGCUCUUCCCGUCAUCAGGAACCCCAGCUUCAAAUAG